UGCCUUCCCAAUAAUAAAGGGGAAAUCAAAAUAAAAAAAAAGAACUCUGAUAAAUUAAUAUUAUAAUUCUCUUUGAAUUAAUAAUUUCGAGAUUUCGAUAAUCGGGCCGUUUCGUUGGGGUUUUCGAUUAUUGUGCACGAAAAAGCAAUAAAGUACAUACGGAAACUGUUUACUGUACACCAUAAACUUUUGUACUUCCAAUUAAAUGAGAUUCGAACAGGAAUAUGCAAGAACAUCAGUGGAAUGAGACUUAGACGUACCCACCUGGGAUAAAUAAUUAUGAAAACAUAAAAAUAUAUCUUACAGGGAAGGCAGGAAAACGUCUAAAGACGUAGGUACUUAGAGGUUAUGACCUGGCUGAAGCUGAUAUAGUAAAAAAUUGUAAAGCUGAAAAGUGGAACAUAAUAAUUAUAACGAUUUUUUUCACAUCCUAGUAUUUCUGAAAUUGUAACUGUGCUUCAAAAUAUCUAAGCAGAAAUUUCUAUUACUAUUUUAGAAUUUCUGAACAAGAAGUACAGCCAUCAUUUAGUAUAUAGAGUUAAACAAGUACCAUAUUGUCUAGAAUGAUGCCGGGAGUAGAUCAUACAUUAUCAGAUGAAGACUACAUAAUAAUGAAGGCUAAAGAUGCUCAGAGGCAUAACAUAUAUUCUGCAAAAGCUUGGAUGCUAACUGCAAAAACAUUAUUCCCAACAAAUUUUAAAAUUCAAUUCGAAGCCUAUAUGAUGGAAAAACAAUCAGGUAAUAUUCAAGAAGCUGCUGAAUGCUUCAGUUCAUUAAUACAGUCUCGUCAAAAUAUACAAACAUUAUUACCAGAGAUAUGUGCAAUUGCAAAUGCCUUGAGAUCAUCAGAAGGCAGCUUUUUAAGUCAAAUGUUUGAUCAUAUUCAUCCCCACACUCAAUUAAACAUACUUAAGACAAGUGUUGAAAAUAGUGAUGACACUAUGGAACAUUGCCGUUCCUUAGUUCUGUUACUAAAAAAAUUUCCUCAGUUGGGUGUAGACAGUCUCGUUAAAACAUUAAUAAAUGCUGAAAAGUUUUUUUACGACAAUAGAUAUGCACGUUUGUUAGUGGUAGAAACAUUGCCACUGUUGAGCUCUUUAGAGUCCCCCAGAUUACUUCAACGGUUAUUAGUUAAAGCUAUUGAUUUUUACAAUUCUUAUGUAUAUGAUGAAAGUGAACAUGAUAUAACAGACCCAUGGCAAAGAUUAUAUGGUGUUCUUGACUUAUUGGGAAGACAGCUGGGUUGGGAUCCAUACCUUGUUAAUUACAGUAACAGUCUAAACAAAGAAGCUUAUUUUCAAAGACUAUUAACAUUAAGAAAUAGUGAAGAUUGCCGACAGCUUCUGUAUUGUGGUACAACCUUUUUCUUGCGAUCACUUUAUGAACAAAGAUCACUCAAGGGAAAUCACAUUUUAAUUGAGGCUUUAACAGAUCCUGAUAUGCCACCAUCCAAAAGAAGGAAAGGAGAUAUAGAAGUAACAGGGAUAUCAUCACACCAAUUUCAAGCUGCAGCAAACUGUUGGGAAUUGCUUCAUAAUAAUGAUGUCAUAUCACGAGAAUUUAUAAAACUAGCAAACCAGCUGGUGGCAAAACCAUGGACUGAAGGUUUUUCAGAAGAAUUAUCUUUAUACAGAGGCAGGAAUGAAGAUGCCAUGCCAUUAUCCAAUAUUAACACCCUUGCAACUAAUAUAGUAAGGGUGUCUAUAAAUUAUUUACAGAAGAAAUUUACUGCAUGUGUUGAAAGUAUUUUAUUAGCAAUAUCUCAGCUACCAAAUAUAGAGGGGAUACUAGACACGGAAUUAAUUGUUGGUGGCAAACACAGACACCUUCAUUUUUUACCAUUGACAAAAGUUGCUAUAAUGCAUUAUUUUUGCACACUACUAAUAAGAAUCUUGCUCAAUUCAGGAAACAAUUCUGAUUUAAAUUAUGGACACAUGUUAGUACUAAUGCAGCUUGGUUGGCCUCAAGAAGAACCAAUAUUUAUACAUAUACUGGAUGUAAUAAGACAAAAGGGAGUCUUCCAUUAUCACUUAUUUUCUACUUACAUUAUUCAUAUUGAUAUAUUAGAAGAAAUAAGCUUUAUUUGGAAUGAACAAGGAAAUAAAAUUGUAUUAGAUAUACUACCAAAUUCACAGCAACAUUUAGGUCAGAGAAGAAUUGGCACUAGGGGGGCUGACAAGGGAGUUAGAGAAGAUUUCAAACAAGCUAUGAGAGCACAAGUAGCACGGAGUAAUGACUCUAUUUUAAAUCUAAUUAUCCAGUUCAUAACUUCAGAGCGUUCAUAUUUUCUUCAAAUAUUGUAAUUUGCUAUAGACAAAAACUUUUUAUUUUAAUAGAAAGAGAUUGCAACAGGACAUAUUAAGUCUGUGAUGCUUAAAUACUUUCAAUUUAUAACCUCAGGUCUCACAAGACGUCUGAACUAGUAAUAAAAAAUUUGCAGUUUCUACAGAAAAUAUAUUUGUUAGGCAAAGAUUGCACUUAUUGAUUUUGAACAUGGACAAAAUUGACAACACAAUUUAGAUGCGAGGAUUGCCUACCCAAAUCAAGGAGCGCCGGAGCAUCGGUUUUGGACUCUGAAUUUAUACAGAGCACUACAGAUGUAUUAAAAAGAAACUACAAUUAUUUCUAAAACAUUUAUUCUAUAAAAUUAUUCAGUAAUGCUUAA